GAGUAGUAGGGUGAAGGCCAAGAGUGUAGACUGUAGAACGCUCUGUUUGUUUGUUUACAUAAUAGCGACGCGCAAAGCCACUUUGACAGGACAGUAUUCACGUUGCUCAAACACACUUAAUCAGAAAUAAUGUCUGCUGUUACAAAGUUCCGUCCUCUAUUCGAUCGCGUGCUAGUACAGCGCCUGGUCGCAGAGACUCGUACGGCUGGUGGAGUUAUUCUUCCUGAAGCUGCACAGUCAAAGGUCAACGAGGGUACAAUUGUUGCUGUUGGUCCCGGUGCCGCGGCAUCGAACGGCUCGAUUGUCACGCCCGUAGUGAACGUGGGAGAGAAGGUUGUUCUUCCUGAGUAUGGUGGAACUCCCCUAAAGCUUGGUGGAGAGGAAUACACACUCUACCGUGAGGCUGAGAUCGUAGGUGUACUUGACGCCUAAACGCUCGAAUUAAGGCGCCGGGAACUGACAAUAAUGUCCGAGAUAAAACCCAUCUAUGUGGCAUAAAGUCGGACGCGAAGACUUGCGCGAUGGUGGAGCUUGCUGUAUGCAAACGUGGAGAUGUAGAUAUGUUGAGCCUGUGGCUUAAAUGUACAUAGAACAGCUUAAAUAAAAUAAAAUAUACUAUAAUUGAUCUAAAAAUAUAUA